GGGACGAGACAGGCAGGGGAGGACCAGUACAAGGAGAGAGAGAGAGAGAGAGAGAGAGGCAGAUACGGAGGUCCACAGACAGCAGCAGCGUGCAGAGUGCAGCAUGCAGACUGGCCAUUGACGCUGCAGUUGGAUUGAACAUACACAUGCACAGACACACACACCCCUGAGGAGUGUAUGAGAACAUGCCCAGGCUGCUGUCCAUGGACACACACACACUGGCAGGGCACCAGAGAGGAAAUACAGCAGACCCCCGAGCCUGAGGACCUACUUAGGACCUACAUGGAGAGCAGCAUGUUUUUUGGUAACACAUGUCAAAAUGGCCUCAUGCCCACCCUGGUCCGUCCCACCCUGCCUGCCGUCCAGACCUCGCUGGGCAUGAAGCAGUUUCUCCCGUUUCCAUUGGAUACGGCCUCAGCGGUGAGCCUCUUCCCGGGAUUCAACACGAUGGACCCCGUGCAGAAAGCCGUCCUCCAUCACACCCUCGGCCUCCCUCCCACCGCCAAGAGGAGGCACGUCUCCUGCAGCGUUUGCCAGCUGAGGUUCAACUCACAGAGCCAGGCCUUGGCCCACUACAAGGGGACCAAACAUGCCAAGAAGCUAAAAGCCCUGGACGCUCCGAAGAGUAAGCUCAAAGGCUCAGUGGUCACCAAGGAAACCGCCAACCAGGAGACCGCCAAGGGCAUCAACACCUCGCAGGUCCCCAACGGCACUGACAGGAAAGAUGGCGUUCCUGGAGCAGUGCCUCUGCCGCUGUCCCCUGUGCUCAGACCGGCGCUAACCUUGGCAUCCUUGGCAUCCUUGACGACCCUCACAACGCCAACGCUGGCAACUGUGGCCUCGCCGAUAGUCACGAGCACCACGGCAGCCGCCGCCCCACAGACUACCUCAGCUGCUGGAGGGGACUCAACUCUCGACUCUCCCUCAGAACCAGACCUGGAGCCCGAGGCCGAGCCCGAGGCGGAGACAGACGGGGAAACAGAGGAGGAGAAAGCUCGACGUCUUCUGUACUGCUCGCUGUGCAAAGUGGCGGUGAAUUCGGCGUCGCAGCUGGAGGCUCACAAUAGCGGUACGAAGCACAAGACAAUGCUCGAGGCCAGGACCGGCGUGGGCUCCAUCAAGUCUUUCCCCCGGCCGGGAGUCAAAAGCAAACUGGCCGUCACCGCCACCAAAUCGACAACAGGCCUGCAGAACAAAACGUUUUACUGUGAGACGUGUGAUGUGCAUGUCAACUCAGAGACUCAGCUAAAGCAGCACAUCAGCAGCCGGCGUCAUAAAGACCGAGCAGCAGGUAAACCAGCCAAACCUAAAUACAGCCCCUACAGCAAACCGCUGAAAGGCCAGACCAAGCCGCCGACGCACUUAAUUACCACGUCACUUCCUGAGAGCCUCCUUGCCGGUUGGAAACACGUAAACACGAUAAAGUUGUCCCUGGCCAAGGAGCGCCAGUGUUCGCCUCUUCCCACCAUCAUACCUGCUCACCUGGCAGCAGUGGCAGCAGCCGCCGCCGCCGCCCUCGGCAACUCAUUCGCGCACCGCACGAACCACACCACCAACCACGCCCCGACCCCUGCCCUCUUCCAGACACAGACCCUCCCCGCUGCACUGCUCCGCCCGGCCCCCGGGCCUGUCAGGACCUCCCAUCCACAAGUCCUAUUUGCCCCUUAUUGACCUGUCUGACCCGGGCGCUUCCACACCGCCUCCUGUCAAGGACCAAACCCUGUGCGUCACCAAGACCAGGCCGAGGAGUCGUGUCAGCAUCUGCGCUCCUUCUAUGCAUCCGGGGACAUCUUCUCACCUCUCCUUGUACGGAUUAUCCCACAUUUAAAGCUAAACCGGACAGCAGCGAAUCAUCGGGUGCUUUCUCGUGAUGGAUUUAUUUCUCUAAUCCCACUGAAAACUACAGUAAACAUGCUUUCUGUGCCAUCCUGCAGUCUCAUACCCGGACCCCGGACCUGGACCUACAUUGUACCGCAAUAAUGUAUAAGACUGACCCCGUGAACUAUGCAGUGUCAUUAUUUCAUGAUGCAAGGCACAGUUUGAGCUAAACAUACGGUAGGGAUGUGCUUUUUGUAAAGAUACAGCGUGGCACUAAGAUCAUUGCUUUAGUGGAGGAUUACUGUCGCUCAUAAUUUAAGAGGAUGUUACUGAUCAUAGAGCGAGCAAGGCCCUCCUCUGUUCCUGUAUGCACUUUAAGCCCCUCCUCUGUUGAUGUCUACAUUAGAUGGCUAGACUGUGUUAGAAUUGUUCGAGUACGUGUCGUGACGUGUGUUUUUGUAUCCGUCCUUGCAUAUCUGUGUGUAUGUGUGUGCAAGUGUGUGCUCCUGCAUGUGUGCUAGUCCGUGUGUGUUUGAGUGUGUGUAUUUGGAUGUGUAUGUGUGU